CUGACGCAAGGCAAAGGCAUGGAUACAGAGCGAACCAGCCAGCAAACACCCAUUGCUCUAUAGCUAGGGCUUGUUCACCGUGAGCUUGGGAAGGUCAGAGGCAAAAACACCAAAUGUUUGGAGAGGUAGCUCCUGGCUGGUUUUGAAGAAGGGAGGUAUGGUGCUUGGGAGGAAAGUGGCAGGAUGCUGGUGGGAAAACUCCAGGAUCUACGGGAAAGAUGGUGUGCUUCAAAUGAUCUCCAUGGACGAGACACCUCUGCAGAUCUUUUGACCUCUGAUGGCUGCAUGUGAGCAAGUGGACAAGGAUGGCUGUGACCAAAACCAGUAAGAAGAUUCCUGCUGCUGCCCCUUCGACGGAGUGCCCUGUCUGUUAUGAGCCAUUUCAGUCUCCGAAAGUGUCGCGCCGGGUGCUGAGCUGUGGGCAUGCUUUUUGCCACGACUGUCUGGUCAAGUGCCUUUUGGUGUCGCGGGAUGAGGGCCGGCUACAGAACUGCCUCACCUGCCCCAUCUGUCGCUUUGUGACCUUCCUCUGCAGGAAGAGAGCCUCCUUGAACCCUCCACCUUUGGAGCUGCCGCUCUCACCUUCUUUGCUGUCCUCGGGGCUGGCAAACACUUUAGUGGUGCCUGGCCAUUUCCUGAUGUCCUUGCGUGGCUACGACAGCCACCAGAAUGUGUGUGGCUGCCCUAGCAUGAACUCGAUGGUGGACCCUGGUGGCUUGGAGCGUCAGUCUCACGUCUUCAUUAUCACUCAGUGUGGGAUGCCGCUGAUCGAAGAGAACAUUGGUGUCACUGCUCCAAACCGCGAUGUGGAAGCUGCGGGGUCAGUGGCGUCUCACAGGUCCCUAAUAAUGGGCUGCUUCCAAUCACCCAUAGUCUUGGCAAUCAUCUUGGUCUCCACUGUUGCUCUGUCGGGGGCUGUUCUCCCCUGGCUACUAUUUCUGAAAUAGAAUGAAUGGACACGAUGAAUGGACUUCCCUAGAGGCCUACUCUGCACCCCUCCCCUGCAUCUCCUUUUGGGAACUACAUUAUGAAAAAAGUUAUCCCUUUGGCACACCUGCAAAGAAUUGCAAGAUUCAGGUCGAUGGGAGAUCCACGAAGGAAACAGAACUACAGGAAAUGGUAUUUGUACAACCCCCCCUGUCAUGCAUGAUGGUAUUGCCAAAGUAUGGUUCAGAGGAACAAGGAAGGUCACCUAGACUAGAGACGGGGUCUAAAUAUCCUGCUGAGGAUAAUUAGUGUGUUUAUUUAAUUGUUACAUGCAUAUCCUGCCCUUCAAGGAGCACCUCCAAGGAGCUCAGAGUUGUAUUAAAGUUUCCCUGUGAGGUCAGGGUAGAUGGAGAGGUGACAACAUUUCUCAAGACCAACCAAUGAGCUUCACGGCAGAGCAGGGAUCUGAGCUCACACCCAAACUCAACAUUGUAGCUGCCUCUGGUGCCAGUAUUGCAUCCAAGGGGAUAUAAGCUGUGGUGUGCUUGUUUGGAAAGGCUCACUGAAGCGAUCCAAUGGCAUUCCACCUCUUACUUCAACACUCAUGGUAAUUUAAUGCGGCAUAGCCUUUGUGAUAAGCCAAGGGCGUCUUGGGUGGUUCCAGCAUCAUGGGAAUCCUUGUUCCACCCAGGCAAAUCCAAGCUGUUCUGUCAACAUUGCUGCACGUUGCUACCGGUAACACAGACGGAUUCUCAUCCUGCACACCAUAUGCUCCUAUUGCAUUUAAUUCCGGGCACACUACAGGUGAGACAGACCCUCCCAGCUGAGAUGGAGUAGAAUUCAUUUAGGUCUCCUGCUCCAGUCAUGAGCAAUAGCUGCUCUUCAUCUGUUAUUGCUCUAUUAUUGCUGACCCCCCCCCCCAAUCAUCUAGCAUCAGUCUUCAUGUUGUGAAGAUUUCAAUCACUUGAUGGAAUGUGUUGAUUUUGGUUUCAUUUUAUUUUUGUACCUUCUGUCCGGUUUUCUACUUUUGAUAUUGUUGUCACACUGAGAUUAAUAAAAAGAUUUCAUUCCUACUCCUUAGCAAAUGGACUUCCUUAGAUUUCAAGGGUAGUUUUGUCAGAUGGUCUUAUUACCUCCCAGGCCUCCUCCUCCUCCUUCAAAAUCUGCCCUUGCUUUUGCCUAGGCCUGGGCAGUUGUGCAUCUAGCUGAUGAGCACACAGGUCACAAGCACCCUCUUCCAGCAAUUAGGAUAACAAGCAAUUUAUCAUCUGAAUUGCUCAGCCUUAGGUAGGGCUGUGGAUUUUCAGUGGUGGGUGGGACUAAGCAGAAAGAGUCCAAGGGUGAGUUCUCACAACGUCACCACUAUAUCAAGUGAUGACUAGCAGGUACACAACAGCUAUUGCAGGUCAAAACACCACAGGGGUGUGUGCAGUGGGGAUUGUGUAAUGGGAAGCGAAGUCAUGCCACUCAUGCAUUUAUUUAGUUGAACACGACCCAGAGCUUCAAUGACACAUGGCACCACUCAAUACUUUUCAGUGGUGUCCUGUUCACACAUUCGGCAGACUGUGACGGAAGAGUGGCUUAUGUAUGUUCAGACGUGGAUCCACUGUGAGAAUCAUGGUUUCUAGGCAGGUAUCCUGGAAGGUGCUUUCAAGGGCUCUAACAUUGCCCAGGUUUACAUUUCCCUUUUCUUUGCUAUAAGGAGUGGCUUGAUUUAUGUGCUUUUAAAAAAAGUGUUGUGACCUACUUCUCGCUGGUGUGACAUGGGGAAUGUAUCAUUGUUAUUUCCCAUGGGCGGGUAUUGUUUUUUGUUUUUUCCUUUUAAAGAAAACUAAUUAGCAGCUCUAUGUAGCUGCUUCAGAUAUGAAGUAGUGGCAUUCUGGGUGUUGCCUCUCAAACCCUUUUACCAAUGAAUCUCUCUCUCUUACACUCACAGGCAUAUACUGUAUACACACACGGGCUGCCAUUAGUUCCACAUGGAGAGAAAAAAGCCAGUACAGAUGUUCUCUAAGGAGAAAGAGAUAAGUGGAGAGAAACAACAGACAAAAAGUUGUGUGCAGUUACUAAGCCCUUCUGGCUUUUCCUGAAAUUCCCAAGGGGCAGAAUUAGGCUGCUGUCAAACGGUGAGCAUAAUUUGUAGUCCAACCAAGUGGGCUUGUCUGAGACUUCCUGGUAGCUUAAAAAAAAGAGAGUAAAUAUUCAUACUAAAUUCACCUACAACUCAAGAAUUGGAUCAAAGAGUGACUCAUGGCUACAUCCGUGUCACGGUGUGGAACACUAAUUUGGAGUGUGUAAUCCUGUCUCCCAAAGUGUGCCAACACUAAUUUGGAGCGUGGCAUCCUCUCUCCCAAAGUGUGCCAACCAAUGUUUUGUUUUGAGCAACAACCUCAGCAGCACAAGGGACAAACCAAAGUGAAGUAGGGCAAAGCUAAAUGGGGCAAGGCAAGAAGGCCACCAUGGACACCUCCAUUUGGGAUUCAAGCUGGAGACUCCAUAAGAGCAGAGCUCCAGUGAUAUUCUAGGGCAGGCAUAGGCAAACUCAGCCCUCCAGCAUAGCUGCCAAGUUUUCUCUUUUCUCGCGAGGAAGCCUAUUCAGCAUAAGGGAAAAUCCCUUUAAAAAAGGGAUAACUUGGCAGCUAUGCCCUCCAGAUGUUCUGGGACUACAACUCCCAUCAUCCCUGACCACUGGUCCUGUUAGUUGGGAUGAUGGGAGGUGUAGUCCCGAUACAUCUGGAGGGCCGAGUUUGCCUAUGCCUGUUCUAGGGGCACUCAUCCUGAGCCUUAAACAGGAGCUGCAGCUCUAUCUGUUUAGCUAGUACCACAUUCUGUGAGCAAAGCCUCUUCAUUAAAGGGGCCUGCUUUAGUAGUCAUUGACCCUGAUGGAAAGUGGGAGCCAUGAAGGUGUCUGAGCUGGAGUCCUCAGUGUCAGAGGAGGGCCCCCUGGUGUCCUCAACCCGGAAAGGUACUGACAUAAGAGACUUCUCUUCUGCAAGUACUGUGGACUUCUGGAGGCUGUCCUUAGGGGAAAUUUCCUCUCCCACUUCAAAUCCACAGCCUCCCGCUCAAAUAGGAGGAGCCCCAACCCUGGUUCAUCACAUUAGAUGCCCCUGGGAAGCCCACAAGUGCAACAGCCCUUUCCCACUCAGGUUCCACAGCACCUAUGUGAUAUGUGAAGUAUUUCCUUUUGGCUUCUAAGUUUCAGCUUCACUGGAUGGCCCCAAGUUCAAGUAUUAUGAGAGGGAUUUUAAACAACAACAAAAACAUUAUCUACUUUCUCCACACCAUGCACUGUCAAACUUCUGUAAAAUUGCACAUAGUAUGGAGGAAGUGGAUAGAGAAAGUAGGUACGUGUGAGAGAAGGACUAUGAACCUGUCCUGGCUCUGCCUGUAUCCAGUCUGAUGAAUGGAACUAUUUCUGGUAAUGAAACUAGUGAGGAAGACUAGAGCCAACUAGGUAGCAGAGGCCUUUUCCCACCUGGCCUGGGAGGGCAGGAGUUGGAUUGACUCCAACUACAAAAACCGAGGCUGCUGAACCGACUUGUGGCAUGUGGUAUUGUUUAGGUGAGGUUGUUUCCUGUAAUUGAUAUUAAUUUCUUGUAUCUUUAUUUUAGAUAUUCUUAUGAUUUAUGUUGAAAUGGUUCAAUGUGUACUUUUUGAUGUUUUUAUUUAUUGUUCAUAACUACUUUUGUUAAGUUUGUAAUUAUGUAUUUUUUUACAUGGUUGUAAGCCACCUUGAGAAUGGUUUUAAGGCGGCAUACAAAUAAAAUGACUAAUUGAUUGGUCAACACUAAACAUACUAUUGCUAGAAAUGGGGGUGGCUUCUGGGGGUUCCCAAAACAGCAUUGGCAGUGCAACUCCCCAGUCUUGAGUGCCUGCUCUUUGUCACUUGCUUUGGAUAUCAGCACAUUCAAGCCAGCUUUUCCAAUGUUGCAAAAGAGCAGACCAUCUCAGAAUGUGCAAAGCUGGCCAUAGGAAAGACUUCUAGAUGUUAACCAGUCUUAGAAAGCACCAGCUGCUAGGCUUAGAUGAGCCAGUGGGACAGCAGGGGUGUCUAUACCUCACCUCCCUGCAAAGUCAAGCUUGGCAGGAGAAACUUCCUUUUUCCUAUUGCACUGAGGCUGGAGGAUGCACCAAACUCCCACACAACUGCAGUUCUAGAACAUCAGAAAGUGUCCUAAACUGAGCUAGAUCAUUGGUUCAUCUAGUUGAGUACUGUUGACAUUGACAGGUGCUCUGGCCCUGAGCUCUGGCCCUCCCUCCAGGUUUUCAAUGUGUUGUUUCUAGAAGACCAACAAUGGGAGUACCUAUCAUGUUCCAGUGGUCCUCCAAGAUUGAAUGUGACUUGAUACAAAAAGCACAAGCAAAACUGUCUGAUUUCAUGGCUUUUAAAUUACAAUUCAUUAGCUUCUUCUUCUUCUUCUUCUUCUUCUUCUUCUUCUUCUUCUUCUUCUUCUUCUUCUUCUUCUUCUUCUUCUUCUUCUUCUUGGACACACAUCCCCCCCUUUUCAAUAAAGGCAGAGGUCAAAUUCAUUUCCAGUCUGUCCUCAAGUCUUUCCUGCAGGGAAGUUCACGGUGUCACGCACUGACAAUGUUUCGCUUAGAUUCAGCCUUGUUUGUUUGAGCAGGUGCCUCUCAAGCAAAUCGUACAGCCCCAUUGCCUCCAUUCGGUCCAGACGCUUUUGUGUUCUGUGGGUAGGGUAGAGAGGAAAUGGAAGCAGAUGAAAGAAGCCUUUUAGGGGUGGGGGACACAGUUCAGUAGAGCUGGAUGAACUCUAUAGUUCUGGCAUUGCAGUGUGGGAGGUAUGCAGCAGAAAAGAAAAUUUAAACAAAAGAUUAAAGCAAAUGUUUGACAGGACAGGGAAGGGAGACAGCCUUCCUCCUUUUUUAAAGUUUUGGAUGAGCUCUUUAUCCUGGUAUGCAGAUACUAUGAACAUGUGUGUUCAUAUGUGUGUACAGCACAUUUUGAAACAUGUUCUUUCUCUCAGAGGAUUCUGGGUACUGUAGUUUAUCCCUCACAGAGGUACAAUUUCCAGCAACCCUUAACGAACUACAGUGCCCAGAAAUCUUUGAUGGGGACAUGUGCUUUAAAGGUAUAGUGCAUUCACAGUCCUUACUUAAAUGUCUUUAAAAAGUUGACAGAAAAGUGAGUGCCUAGGUUGUUGCAGUUGUGUCUCUUAACACUUACCGGUGCUGGCCAACAGAUGUUUCUGAUGCUCAUGUAUUUCCCCUGCCAAUGGGAAACGCUUGCUGGGGAAGAAAUUCAGUUCCCCAGUAACAAAACAGCGAGCUGGGAAAUGCAAAAUGUCAAAGAAGUGCAAAAGUUCUGAAUCACAUGCAACAGACAAGGUUCAACUGUGCAUUUAUAAUGCAAUAAGUUGAUCACCCAUGAAGUCAGAAGGCGGCGGCAGUACAUGCAGAAGGGCAGAACAGUGAGAGACUGGUUUUGCUUUCAUGCCCUGCCUGUCAGAGUCCUAGAAGCACCUGACUGGACUUCUGAGGCCUUUCGGGUGAUCUAGCAGGACCCUUCUUGGGAAUUUAUGAGAAGAGGAACAGUAAACAGCUAGCCAAUCUGGGAGCUUCAGCCCUUUUCAUUCACCCACCCACCUACCCAGCGCCCACUUAGAGACAUCUUGCUUGCUUUGCAAGUGUUUCGGUGUGAAACAGUUGGGAAGGGAGUGGUUCAGGACUUCGGUUAUCACAGCUCCAACCCAAGGGGAAGGUUGAAAAGUACACCGUUAUCUCAGAAACAAGAUACACCAAGGUGCAGGAUGGCAACCUUCCUUUGCUCGGCAAAUCAUAUGACUUGAUUGCAACAUGGCAGGGAGCCAAUGCUAAAUCAACUCCUAGGAUUGCACGGCAUGGAUAUAACACCCUAUCAGCCAUCUUCCAGCUGCUGUUAUCUGUCUUGUCUCCAGACUACGUGCAGGCCAAAGUCUUGGAUCUGAUAUUCAGAUUCUGCAAUGCUGGAGUAGCUUUGAGCAUGUCCUUUCCAGUCUAAAAUAUUCCUCCCUCUGAUGGAUGCAUUCUAUUUGCUGCAUUCAUUCUCUGCUUAAUCCGCCCAGCCUAACUCAGUCAGCUGUUUUUGCAAUACGUGGCUGCAAAUACUCCUGGAAGCCACAAGGAGGUGCCAGUGUAUUGUCAUGACGGCUCCACUGAUCCUCCUAAAAGCUUUUAAAAAAAAGAAUAGGUACCGGUACUAAGCUGCAAAUAUUGACCCACAGGCUGAUAAAUGUAGAUCACACAGAUCUCACUUAUUUUGGAAAACCAUUUUCUUUUGGAGGAUAAUAGUUUUCUCUCCCACAUAUACAAGCAUACAGUACUUAGAUGCUACUGACCCUGAGCUGCCUGAGUCUUAAUGGCAGCUGCUACAGAUGUGAGUGAGUCUCUCAGUUAGGUCAGUUAUCAGUCAGGUGGCGCUGUGGGUUAAACCACUGAGCCUAGGGCUUGCUGAUCAGAAGGUCAGCGGUUUGAAUCCUGUGACGGGGUGAGCUCCCGUUGCUCGGUCCCAGCUCCUGCCAACCUAGCAGUUUGAAAGCACGUCAAAGUGCAAGUAGAUAAAUAGGAACCGCUAUAGCGGGAAAGUAAACGGUGUUUCCAUGUGCUGCUCUGGUUUCCCAGAAGCGGCUUUGUCAUGCUGGCCAUAUGACCUGGAAGCAAUACGCCGGCUCCCUCGGCCAAUAAUGCGAGAUGAGCAUGCAACCCCAGAGUCGGUCACGACUGGACCUAAUGGUCAGGGGUCCCUUUACCUUUACCUCUUACAGAUGUGAGUGAGUCUCUCAGUUAGCUGCUGUAGGUGCUAAUAAGACUAAGAGAUGCAAGGCUGCAAAAGCAAAGGUUCCAUUGGGCAAGCCAGUGGCAACACAAUCUGAGAUGGCAUUGCAAGCUAAGUCUCUUUUUUUAUACUUAAAGUUAAAGGUAAAGGGACCUGUUAAGUAAAUGUGCAGUGUUGGUUUAAUAAUGGAGGGAACUUUGAGAAAACACCCCAUUCAGGCUGCACACUGGACUAAUGCUCAUGUGCGUGUUUGUGCAUAUGACUGGUACAGGGCCGGAUUUAGGUUUGAUGAGGCUGUAAGCUACUGGACGUAAUGGCGACCUUUAUAUGUUCAGCUGUCCUUUGUCAACAACAAAUUGUCACUGUUUUUUUUGUGUGUGUGUGUGUUGAAUAUAUGUUAUAUGGUAAUUUAUGGACCAGUCCAUGCAGAAUGUAGGCACACUAUAUACAGAAGUGAGCAAACCAGUGAUAUUUUAGGGAGCAGGCUAGCAGGUGGGGCCCAUUACUUACAUUAUAGGAGCCUACACAACACAAAACACUGUUGCUUUAUUUGUUGUUGUUUUUUAUCUUAUAUUUUGGAAAUGUGCAUCCAGGUUUUUUUUCUUUAAUUUUUUUGGAGGCCCCAAGAGAGUGGGGCCCUAAACUUGUUUAGCUUAUACGUAAAUAUAGCACUGGACUGGUAGCAUCAAAGCUCAAGCCCCAAUAGCUGAUCAUUAAUCCCAGGAAAUGACUUGGGCCUAUUCACAGUAUUUAACUCAAUUGAUGAAAUGUUUGCUUAUGCACCAAGGAAAGGAAGGUCAUUAACAUUCUGGUAAUUGCCUCUCCUAGUCAGGCUGAUUGGGUUAUCUGCCAUCUGCCAUAAUGGGCUGUGGAACUGAUGUUCUUUGCUGGCAUACUGUACUCCCUCCAACCAGAACACUGCUGCCCACUCAGACAUGGCAUGCAUUUGUCAAAAGUGGCUUAAAGAUGGGCAGUAGUCAGAAAAUGAACAGAAUCCUAGUGCCCACCUCAAUACAAAAAGGAGAAGGUAGCAGAUCCACACAGCAUCAUUCAGAGACAGAAAGCAGCACCGCUGAAUGCUGACUUAGGGAACCUUAUUCAACUUCUCGUAGAUUGUAUCUACCUGGAAAAACUAGGGAUCGAACCUGAUACUUUCUACAUGCAGAGCAGCUGCUCUACGCACUGAGCUACAGCCCUUCUUGCCAACCUGCUAUAUUAUAUGCUAUAGUGUUUUCCUGUUAGGUAUUCAGUAUAAGACAAUAAGCUAUUUUUAAUAUGUGUGUAUUCAAACACCAGGGACCCAGGUGGCGCUGUGGUUAAACCACAGAGUCUAGGGCUUGCUGAUCAGAAGGUCGGCGGUUCGAAUCCCUGCAACAGGGUGAGCUCCCGUUGCUCAGUCCCAGCUCCUGCCCACCUAGCAGUUCGAAAGGACAUCAAAGUGCAAGUAGAUAAAUAGGUACCGCUCUGGCGGGAAGGUAAACGGCGUUUCCGUGCGCUGCUCUGGUUUGCCAGAAGCAGCUUUGUCAUGCUGGCCACAUGACCCGGAAGCUGUCUGCGGACAAACGUCGGCUCCCUCGGCCUAUAGAGCGAGAUGAGCGCCGCAACCCCAGAGUCGGACACGACUGGACCUGAUGGUCAGGGGCCCCUUUACCUUAUUCAAACACAUCCACAUGUGCAAAUGAGCAGCAGGCUUGGAUUUGUGCAGGUCAGCAAGAAAUAUAGAACUACACCCAUGUACAGUACGUCAAUCAGUUGGCCAUUCCUUAAUAGAGAAUGUGUGGGAACAUCUCAAAGCACACUUACUUCCAAAAGGUCCCUGCCCCCUAAUUGUUCACAGGGAGUCCAAGGGAAAAGGGCUCAUCAGUCAUCAUAAUGAUCCACCUAUCGCGAUUCCCACCUAAAGAUGAGUUAGUCUAGGUAGUUUAGGUGGAACUACCAAAACUGUGUAGAACCUUAAUUCAUGUAUGCGACUACAGCGGCAAGAAUGUUAUUUGCCAAAAAAUGGAAAGAAGAAGAAGUCCCAGCAAAGGAAGAAUGGAUACAAAAACUUAUGGGAUACUCAGAAAUGGCGAAACUUACCGGAAGAAUAAGAAAUCAAGAUAACAGACUUUUUUAUAUAAAAGAAUGGAAAUGGUUUAUUGAAUAUUUACAGAUAUCUGUAAACAGAUAAAAACAUUGGCAGGAUUAUUGUAAUAACCUGCAGUUUCACAAAAGUAUAUAUUUAAAGAAGAUGAAUAAAUGAGCAAAUUAAUUAAGGUAUACAGAAGAUAUUAAAAAUAAAUUUAAGGAACCGCAGAUAGAUGGGGAAGGAAGUCAAGUUUUGAAAUGUCAAAAUGAUUGUAAAAUCAGUGAAAUGUAUAAAUCUGAAAAGUAUAAAUAAUUUUU